UUCAGUAAACGCGCUGUAAGAAUGAAGAUUAACACGGAUUACAAACGACGAACUUGUAAAAUUUAGCGCUAACCGUGACUAAAUUAGGAUCCAAUUUGUAUGAGCAAUUAUAUCAAUGUUGAUUACGAGUUUGUCGAACGACACAGGAGCAUGGCGGCUUAAAGAUAGAACCAACCCAAGCGAAAUGGAGAACAUUAAUCAAAAGGUGCUACCAAUCCGGAUGCCAUUUAAUAAAUCCCUUCAAAAAGCAUUUAUUCUUUUCUGUGGAAUUACAAUACUGGUCAUGUGUGUCUUCUAUCUACGAAGAACCACUAGCACUGAUGACAGAGGAAGAACACAUAUCGACGAUCGAUCAUAUCUCUGGCAAAACGCAACAAACCCGCUGAACAACUUUUCAAGUAAGCUGGCUGUCGAGAACAUGAAACGCCAUGGCAAAAAGAUUUUUAUUGCUUUCAAUUACUGGGAACAACUAACAAUGGGGACAAACAACUUUUUUGAUCUGACAGCCCUUGCUGCAUAUGGUGGACGACGAGUUGUAGUUCCAUUGGUUAAUGAUUCGAAAUUUCAUGGUUUACCGACAGAGAAGGGUAUUAAAACACUUGAACUGUAUUAUAACGUGUCAGCGCUCAAUCGCACGCUUCGUGCCCGCGGUCAUGGCACGCUAAUAAGCUGGAAAGAAUUUCAAGAUGUCUGCCAAGGCAAACUAGACGUGCUGGUGCGAAUUGACUACACGAAAUUAAAAAAGUCUACAGCAUAUAAUCAAGCCACACGGCCGUUUUUUCCUUGCAACGAUAGCCACACUGACACAAUAUCUACAGAUUUCAAGGUAGAAAAAACAAUUUGCAUGAAUGUGUUUGCGGUCGACUCUGUUGAAAAAUUUGAGAAUGAAGUUGUAGAGAGGCUUCCAUGUGUUGGUUUGGAUCAAUGGAGAGGAAGCAAACGCAGGAAUCGAUUUAGAGCGCAGUUUCAGUUGUCGCCAUUGGUAACAAACCGUCUCGGUUCUCUGCGUGACGCGGCCGUUUUCUUUAAUCCGAAACUCCUUCAUAUUGCGCGAGACUUCAUCACAAAACAUCUUGGCCCACUCUUUGUGUCCGUCCACGUUCGCGCAGAAAGGAUUUUAAGUACUUUUAAAAAUAUCACUGCGGUCGUGAGGUGUUUAUCAAAUUUAGUGACGCAAGUUCAAAGUCACAAGAAAGAUAGUAAGGCUCAUAUGCCGGUUUUUCUUGCUGCCGAUUUCGCAGACUAUGGAAGUUCGUCAAAACAGGUUGAACCUGCUCGAGAAAACGCUGAAUCACUCAUGAAAAUUCUAGCUCCACUAAAACCGGUUAUAUUUCAGCCUUCGGUCUACAAUCUUACUGAUCGAGGCACCGUGGCCAUUGUGGAAAUGAAUAUUCUGGUGUUAGGAACGCAUUUAUCUGUAGCUGGAGGGGGGAAAUUUCAAGCGUGGAUACUUAACCAGUUUGUUAACAAGAACAACAUUGACCAAAGGUACAAAGCUAAUUGUCGGAGUAAAAUGUGUAAUUAUUUCUGCUAUUUAUAAUUGUAUAAGUAGAGAAACACAAUCCAAUCUUAAACACUGGCACAGUAAGAGGUCAACUUUAGCUAAGAUGAACAAUGUUAUCGUUCAGUUAAGUCCUUGCUGAAUUACUUACAUCAAAAAGAGAACCAGUUCAUUUAUACUAUCCGCGGAUUCUUGUAUGUUAAUGUGGUAGGGGACUGCUAUCUUAACGACAAAGGAAAUGAAAAAUUACUUGAAAAAUAACGGAGUUCGCCGGGCUACUUUUCUGAUAAAAGUACAAGAGUACAGAAUGGCAAUGACUAAUUUUGUUGUCUGUUAUUGCAAAAAUAAAUUAUGCCAUUUCUUUUGACGUAAAUAAAUGCUUUUUCCAACUUAGUUAAAUCGAUAACAGCCUAGUUAAAAAGUUAAAUAGUAAUUCAUACAAGCUACAAGAAAUCUUUCAUUAGAAAGGCAACUUUUUGGGGUAAUAAAAAAAAACACUUUUCGAUGGUUUUAUUUCCAAAACUCAGGUAUAUAGAAAGUCAAAUAAGGUAUGAACAUUAUAGGUAACUGUUAUUGAUAAGUUAGUAAUGAUGUUAGAACAACAGUGUCGUGCUGAUAAUAAUAAUGAUAAUGAUAAUGAUCAUGGUAAUGGUAAUGAUAAUGAUAAUGAUAAUGAU